AUGCCGUUCCCGCCCGCGCCGCCGCCGCCGCCCACCCCGGCCCCGGGGGUCCCCGCCGCGCGCCCGCCGCCCCGGAAGCCCGGCGCCCCGCGCAAGGCGGCGGCGCCCGCCUGCGCCCCGCCCGGACCCUCGCCGCCCGCCGCGGCCGCCGAAAAGAAGAGGCGGCCUCCCGAGCGGCCCCCGGGGCCGCUGUCCAGCUCCUGGCCCUCCGCCACCCUGAAGCGGCCGCCGGCCCGCCGCGCCCCCGGCCCGGCAUCCCCGCGCGCCCCGGCCCCGUGCGCGUCCCGGCCGGCCGGUUCCGGCGACAGCCCCGCGGGGACCGCGGCCUCGGGGGCGCGGACCGCCGCCUCGGGCGCCGGGCCCGACGCCGCCCUGCGCUUCUCGCUGAGCCUCACGCCCGAGGCCGUGCUGGUCAUCCAGCGGCGCCACCUGGAGAGGCAGCUGCUGGCUCGGCCCCGGCGGGCGCCCCCAGCCGACGCCGGGCGCCCGCCCGCCGCCUGCCCCCGGGCCGCGCGCCUCGGCCGUCUGGCCCCGCCGCCCCCGCCCGCCCCCGGCCCGCGGCCCGCCGACCUGCGCUCGCUGCUCAAGGUGUCGCUGCUCAACGAGCGGCACAAGUACGACGACGUGGAGUACGAGGAGGAGGCCGCGACCGCCGACGAGGGCCUGGUGCGCAAGUGCACCGAGUGGCUGCGCGGCGUGGAGUCGGCGGCCGCCGCGCGCGACCGGGCGGGGCCCCUGGACGCGCUGCCGCACCUGAGCUCGCUGUGA